AAAAAUCCUAAAGUUUACGACAAAGUGACGACCAAACACAGUGUUCGUGAUUCCUCCAUCUUCAUCUUACCCAACGAAAUCAACACGGAGACGAUGCUUAAUUGAUCGAUGCACACGACCUACCCAGCUAAGAUAGUGUUUUUAUCAAGUCAAAAGAGGAAAGGAAACAAAGAAAGAAUUCCAGAAAGACUAAUCUUGAUGGAGCUCUGUGGAGUGCCAUCUCUCUCUUGGGGAAAGUCUAUUUCUCACACUAUCAGUUUUCACCAAACCUUCACUGUUUGGAGGUUUAGGAGGAUGAAGGCAUUCUGUGUUAGCAAUGGCAGCAGUAAUUCGGGGCCAGGGCAGAAGCCAGAUGAAAUGGUUGUUUCAAUUACUGGGGCCACAGGGUUCAUCGGGAAAAGGUUGGUCGAGAGGUUACAUGCCGAUAAUCACCGUGUUCGAGUGUUGACAAGGUCGAGAUCAAAAGCCCUGUCAAUUUUUCCGGGGAGGGACUUUCCGAGACUUGUGGUUGCGGAGGAGCAAGAUUGGCGAAAUUGCAUUCAAGGUUCAACAGCAGUCGUAAAUUUGGCUGGAUUGCCCAUAAGCACAAGAUGGUCUUCCGAUAUCAAGAAAGAGAUCAAGGAUAGCAGAAUCAAAGUCACUUCAAAGGUUGUAGAUUUAAUAAACAACUCCCCGGAUGAACUUCGCCCCAAGGUUUUGGUCAGUGCCACAGCUGUUGGUUAUUAUGGGACUAGUGAAACGCGUGUUUUUGAUGAGCAAAGUCCAUCUGGAAACGAUUACCUUGCAGAGGUGUGUAGAGAUUGGGAAGCGACCGCUUCAAGAGUCGAUAAAGAUGUGAGACUUGCGCUAAUUCGCAUCGGGAUUGUCCUUGGAAAAGAGGGUGGUGCUUUGGCUAAAAUGAUACCCCUCUUCAAGUUGUUUGCGGGUGGUCCUUUGGGAUCGGGAAGACAAUGGUUUUCGUGGAUUCAUGUGGAUGAUUUGGUGAACUUGAUCUACGAAGCUCUAUCAAACCCCUCGUACGAAGGGGUGAUCAAUGGGACGGCGCCUAACCCUGUGAGGCUAUCGGAGAUGUGCGAUCAUUUGGGAGCUGUUUUGGGGCGGCCGUCGUGGCUGCCUGUCCCGGACAUGGCUCUCAAAGCUGUCUUGGGAGAAGGUGCCACUGUGGUUCUUGAAGGGCAAAGAGUGGUUCCUAAUAAGGCUAAGGAAUUAGGAUUUCCCUUCAAAUAUGUAUACGUCAAAGAUGCUCUUAGAUCGAUCGUUUCUUCGUGAGUGUGAGUAACUAAUUAUUGCAUCCGAUGCUUGGAUUGUAUUUCCACUAUAUAUAUAUAUAUAUAUAUAUACACACUACUUUUCACAUAAUAAGUUUUAUUGUAAGCCAAUACUCUGAAUAAUUAGAUUCUACUCACUUGCAUUACACUCCAGAUUUCAAUAUCAGUUCUAUGUUAUCUAAUCAAUAGUGUUGUUCAUAUUAAGAAAUAUAUAUAUAUAUAUAUUAUGUUGAAAAUUGAUAUUUUUAAGGGGAUAUAAUGUAUAUGUUAUACAAAUGAA